AUCCAUCAGCCGUGGCCUGUAGCCGGUGUGGGGAAUUUGAAAUGCACCUGCGGGAACUGGUAGUGAUAUAACAGGUGACUCCAUUUUAUUGCUUGAUUACCCACCGGCUACUCGCCAAACACGUGGACCCUGAUAUCCCAGACACCUGCCUUGAAGAGAUUUCCAUUCCUGAGUGGUGAAAGGGCUGAGAAAUCACGCGCCUUUGGAAAUGAGGUAACUCCCAGUAAAUCAGUCUUUGGCCCUUCAAAAGUUACAAACAGCAAGAGAUUAUCAGAGGCGGCAGAGCUUAGCAGAAUGCCUGCUCCACUCCGACCAGCUGGAGACGUCAUCAGUGGAUGGUUCCUGCGGCUGACGACCCACUUGGGAGUUGGAGUGAAUACAGAAAUACAAAGACAAUAGGAGGGGUCAAGUCCGGAUAGAAGUAGCCCACGCACUCUUCAAAUGAGUCGUUUGGGUUCUGAAGGAACUGUGCCACCUAACAUCACCACCUGAAGACUCUUCUGGAAGACUACAGAAUGCUACAUCAGAUAAAUGUGGAACCCAUCCGUCCUCAAGCCUGUUGUGGUGUCACGGUGCGCCCUCUGGUGGCCCAUUUUUCAAUGGCUUCAUGGGCCCUGAUGCGCAAACUUAAGGAACCCUCUCCUGGACUCAGAUGUGAUGUUGCUCACUGACUUCCCUAGAAAAGGCUCCCAUAAACUCCCAGGGAACCUGAAGGCCUAUUCUGGCUCUGGGGAUCUUCAGCUUAUUUUUCCUGGGAGUCUUCGUCUAAUAGAGGAACCUGGGGAGGAAAACAGUCUCAACAAUGAAUAGGCCACUCAUCACGACCAAUUACAGAUGACUUGCCAUUUCAUUUACAAAGAUGUCGUCUGCUGCUGAGAAUGGAGAUGCAGCACCUGGGAAACAAAAUGAAGAAAAAACCUAUAAAAAGACUGCAUCAUCUGCCAUCAAAGGUGCUAUUCAGCUGGGAAUAGGAUACACAGUGGGUAAUCUCACCUCCAAGCCAGAUCGAGAUGUUCUCAUGCAAGACUUUUAUGUGGUGGAAAGUGUGUUCCUACCCAGUGAAGGGAGCAAUCUGACCCCAGCACAUCACUACCCAGACUUCAGAUUUAAGACAUAUGCUCCACUAGCAUUCCGAUAUUUCAGAGAACUUUUUGGUAUCAAGCCUGAUGAUUACUUGUAUUCCAUAUGCAGUGAACCUCUAAUAGAGCUGUCUAACCCUGGAGCCAGUGGAUCCUUGUUUUUUGUGACCAGUGAUGAUGAAUUUAUCAUCAAAACAGUUCAGCAUAAAGAAGCAGAGUUCCUUCAGAAGCUCCUGCCAGGCUAUUACAUGAAUUUAAACCAGAAUCCAAGGACUCUUUUGCCCAAAUUUUAUGGACUGUAUUGCAUGCAAUCAGGGGGCAUUAACAUCAGGAUUGUGGUGAUGAACAAUGUCUUACCACGCUCCAUGAGAAUGCACUUUACAUAUGACUUGAAAGGCUCAACCUAUAAGCGAAGAGCAUCCCGAAAAGAGAGAGAGAAAUCCAACCCCACGUUUAAGGACUUAGAUUUCCUGCAAGACAUGCACGAAGGAUUGUAUUUUGAUACAGAAACAUACAAUGCGCUCAUGAAGACGCUUCAGAGAGACUGCCGGGUGCUGGAAAGCUUCAAGAUCAUGGACUAUAGCCUUUUGCUGGGAAUCCACAUCUUGGACCAUUCCCUCAAAGAGAAAGAAGAGGAAAUUUCACAAAAUGUGCCUGAUGCUAAGCGGUCUGGGAUGCAAAAGGUCCUCUACUCAACAGCAAUGGAAUCCAUCCAGGGUCCAGGGAAAUCAGGAGACGGGAUCAUCACAGAGAACCCGGACACAAUGGGAGGCAUUCCAGCUAAAAGCCAUAAGGGAGAAAAGCUACUUUUAUUUAUGGGCAUUAUUGAUAUUCUGCAAUCAUAUAGGUUAAUGAAAAAGUUGGAACAUUCCUGGAAAGCUCUUGUUUAUGAUGGGGACACUGUUUCGGUUCAUAGACCAAGCUUUUAUGCAGACAGAUUUCUAAAGUUUAUGAAUUCCAGAGUUUUCAAGAAAAUUCAAGCUUUGAAGGCCUCACCUUCUAAAAAACGGUGCAACUCCAUUGCCGCCCUGAAGGCAACCUCACAGGAGAUUGUGUCCUCAAUUAGCCAGGAAUGGAAGGAUGAGAAGCGUGAUUUGCUGACCGAAGGGCAAAGUUUUAGCAGCCUUGAUGAAGAAGCAUUGGGAUCCCGACACAGGCCAGACCUGGUGCCUAGCACUCCAUCGCUGUUUGAAGCUGCUUCCUUGGCGACCACAAUUUCAUCUUCUUCCUUGUACGUCAGUGAACAUUAUCCACACGACAGGACUACGCUUUAUUCAAGCAGUAAAGGGUUACCUUCCAGUUCAACCUUUACCUUGGAAGAGGGGACCAUCUACUUGGCUUCUGAGCCAAAUGCUCUGGAAAUGCAGGAUGAUAAUGCCUCCGUGCUCGAUGUCUAUUUACCUGCAGAAAAGGGAAGCUUGCGACUGCAGCUGCAACCCAUGACCACCAGGUGGCGCCCAGCGUCCCCGGAGCAGGAGGCGGAGCGGCCGCAGAUCGCGAGGAGCAUGUGGACGCUUGGGCGCCGAGCGGCUGCCAGCCUCUUGCCCCGCUCGGCGCCCCCGGGCUCUGCCCAGGCCCGCGCCGGGGCCCCGCGGCCAACGAAGGACCCCCGGCUCUACGGCUGCCGGGGCCUGCGCACCGGGACCGCCGCGGCCGGCACACCCAGCCAGCCCAGUCUGAGCCUCUGCUGCCUCAACCAGAUCCUGAAUGUCAAAAAGCAGUGGGUCUGUUGGAUGAAUUUGAGGACAACAGGAACUUUGGGUGACGCUGGCCCUCUGGACGAUACCACCUAUGAAAGACUGGCCGAGGAGACGCUGGACUCCUUAGCAGAGUUUUUUGAAGACCUUGCAGACAAACCUUACACAUUUGAAGACUAUGAUGUCUCCUUUGGGAGUGGUGUUUUAACAAUUAAACUGGGUGGAGAUCUAGGAACGUAUGUGAUCAACAAGCAGACCCCAAACAAGCAAAUCUGGUUGUCUUCACCAUCCAGUGGCCCCAAGCGUUACGACUGGACUGGGAGAAACUGGGUGUACUCCCACGACGGUGUGUCCCUCCACGAGCUGCUGGCCACAGAGCUGACUCAAGCCUUAAAAACCAAACUGGACUUAUCUUCUCUGGCCUACUCGGGAAAAGGCACUUGCUGCCCAGCCUAACGCUAAAGACAUUGAAAGCUCUAAAGCCAAGACCCCAGCUUCGUUCUGCAGCUGAAUGGCUAGUCUUUUCCAUUCCUGCUUUUGAGGACAGUUGCAUUAUGUGUAACGGCUCUGUGAAAAGACCGUGUCGCCUCCUGCCCUGCCCCUGAGUUCAGAUUUUUAAUUUCCGUAGGUUUCUUUGGAUUUAUUGUCUGAUUUCCUCCCUCACGUGAUAGCCCUUAUCUUUCAUAAUGUCUGUAUGCCCAUACCUUUAAUAUAUAACCUCACAACAAAGAAAAAGAAGAAACACAAAUUCCAAGAGGAGAAAUGAAUUGGCUUCACCAUUCAUUCUCUGAAAGACUUACUACAAAAACUGCAUGAAGAGUGGCUGGCCAACCUUGCCAUCCUAUCUCAAAAUGAGACUCAUUAAAGGGAAGCCUAAAACAUUCCUACUCCUCUUGAAAGUGUAAACACUUCUAAGCCCUUUAGUAUUGAAGCAUCAGUGGCAACUCGGGGAAUUCUGAAACCGAAAACCAUUUUCUGUUUGUGCUUUGUGACUGCCAGGGUAUGGCCCGCAUGGGGUUAACACAGGGAGAUGUGGUGCCGUGUCUUCCAUAUGUGCAUAUAUAUGUACACACACAUUUACAUGUGUGUGUACAUAUAUAUUUUUUAAAUUUAAGGGUCAGUAUAGAAUAAGCUAUUGCAACACUGGUCUGAGGAUGCAAAAAAUCUCCCAAAAGCCAUGUCUGUAAGCUCAUGGAUAUAGUAUAAUAAAUGAGGUCAUGGAGCUGAGGAAGUGCUUGGUAAAUUGUGAAAGGCCACAUAAGUGAAAAGAUGUUGGUGUUAAUGAAAGGAACCCUGGUCUUACACUUGGCCCAGCCCAAAAGUAGUUGUCUGUCUCUGGGCAAGUUUCUCGAACUCCCUGGACCUCUGUUUCCCCGUGUUAGCAGAAAGGGUUAAACUGGAUGGAAUAUAGUCGAUUCCCAAUUUAGACAUUUAAUGGUUCUGUCAGGCAACUUAACAGGCCAGCUUUAAUUCCCUCUGUAGAGGAGAUGAGAGUGAACAGUUUUUUUUAAGCUACAGAGUAAGUAUAUGGUUUUGGGUUUUGUUCUACUUGAAUUUCAGUUGAAUUCAUGUUCAAGUAAUCAUCUUUUAUUGUGCUAUUACUGUGCUAAGCCUGGGCUGUAGGCUGAAUGUUAAGGUGUUGAUCCUAACCCCCAAUCACAGCCCUCAUAAAUGAGAUUAGUGCCCUUAUAAGAGAGACCCCAGAGAGCUCCCUCAUCCCUUUCACCAUGUGAGGACACAGCGAGAAGACAGCUGUCUAUGAACCAGCAAGCAGGCCUUCACCAGAUGCCCAGUCUGCUGGGGCCUUGAUCUUGGACUUCCCAGCCUCCAGAGCUAUGAGAAAUAAAUUUCUGUUUAUCAGCCAUCCAGUCUCUGGUAUUGUUACAGCAGCCCUGAUGGACUGAGACAGCCUGCUACACCAUAUGACCUCGUUUGAAUUGUUACUGACCUGCAUUUUACACAUGAAGAAACCAGGGCUCAGGAACAUUAAAACUCGCCCAAAGUUAGGCUCCUGUUCUGCUACUUCUUUACUAAAGCAAGAUUUAUUAGUGACUAGUCUAUGCAAAUCUAUAACAAAGGCUUUUGCAGUAGGAAAACCAAAAACACAUUGCACUGUGGAAAAAACUCUUAACAAUAGAACAAUAUAAACAAAUGCUAAAUGAGUAUUUAAAAUAUAGUCCUUUUUCAAAAAUAAAUUAUUUUUUAGUCCAGUGGAAAUUUUUAAGUGGGAUAGGUCAGUACCAGUGAAAAAAUAAAUCGUGUGUGUGUAUAUGUAUCUCUUG